AUGGUUAAGCAUAACAAUGUCGUGCCCAGUGGGCACUUCAGGAAGCACUGGCAGAACUAUGUGAAGACCUGGUUCAACCAACCUGCACGCAAAACCAGGAGAAGAAUCGCUAGACAAAAGAAGGCUGUGAAGAUUUUCCCUCGACCGACAACUGGUCCACUUCGUCCUAUUGUCCAUGGGCAGACAUUGAAGUAUAAUAUGAAAGUCAGGGCUGGUAGGGGAUUUUCUCUUGAAGAGCUUAAGGCAGCGGGGAUUCCAAAGAAACUUGCCCCUACUAUUGGCAUCGCAGUUGAUCAUCGUCGCAGAAACCGCUCCCUAGAGGGUCUCCAGACUAAUGUCCAGAGGUUGAAGACUUUCAAGGCCAAAUUAGUUGUCUUCCCAAGACGUGCUCGAAAGUUCAAGGCUGGUGAUUCUGCUCCCGAAGAAUUGGCAACGGCCACACAAGUCCAAGGUCCUUACAUGCCCAUUGCACGCGAGAAGCCAAGUGUUGAGCUUGUUAAGGUCACAGAUGAGAUGAAGUCAUUUAAGGCCUAUGACAAGCUGCGCGUGGAGCGGGUGAACAAGCGCCAUGUUGGUGUCAGGAUGAAGAAGGCUGCAGAAGCUGAGAAGGAAGAGAAGAAAUAGUGAGUUCUAGCUGAUUGCUGAUGCCUGCAUUGUUUUUUUUUUUUUGCUCAUUGGGUUCGUGUCUAAUUACUGGGUUUUGUCUGAACGAUUAGAAGUAGCAUUUGUAAUAUCAGUGUUAAGCUGUAUGAAUUUUGGGAUUUCUUGAUUAUCUGUUUGGUUUUGCGUUCCUACGAUGGCUCUCUACAUAUUUGAAUGGCAG